CUUCUUCGUGACAAACCAGGAAGUUACGCCAAGGUAGCAUCCGAUUGGACCAGAAAGCGGAUGGCAAACUUUGACUUGAAUUGAAAAAGAUUGAAAAGGUACGUUUUACUAUCCGGAAUUUAUAUUAUUGGUGAAUUGCGGACGAAGCAGCAUGGAAGGCCAUGUCUCCAAGAGCACAAGCAUGUGCCUGACAUACUGCAAUCAGUUGACUACUCUGUGACACUCCAUUUGUGAUCUCAUCCAGCGACAUGUCCGCCUCCGAGCCGGUCCAGAUGGGCCGAAAACGUCCCGUUCCCACGUGUCCGAACCCGCUGUUCCUCAAGUGGCUCACUGAACUCCGAGACGAGGCCAAAGAAAAAGGCCUGAAGAUCCAGUACGUUUAUCAGAAGGCCAUCAAUUCUCUGAAUAAAUAUCCUCUUCCGCUUCGGGAUGCCAGAGAGGCCAAGAUCCUGCAGAACUUUGGAGACGGCAUCUGCAAGAUCCUGGACUCAAAGCUGCAACAACACUACAGAGAGUGUGGCGAGAACGUCACCCUCGGCAAAGAAGCGUCAUCGCCUGCUGUCCCCUCCGACGAUAAAAGUCCACAUCCCAGCAGGAAGGACCGGAAACUAGAAAGAGCGGUGACCAAGAGAAAGAAAAGGGAAUACAUGCCUCAAAAAGGAUCCGGCGGCUACGCCGUGCUGCUCGCGCUUUACCGAGACUCGCAGACGGCGGGCAGUAAAGGUUUCAUGUUCAAGAUAGAGCUGCAGGCCCAAGCGCAGCAUCUUUGCCACAAAUCCUUCACGGUGCCCGAGCUCGGGAGCAAGUAUGCGGCCUGGUCGGCGGUCGCCACCCUGGUCAAGAGGAACCUGCUGAUAAAGACGCACAAUCCUGCGCGCUACUCUCUGACGGAGGAAGGCGUGUCUUUGGCGCGGCGUCUGCAUUCAGCUGCCUGUCAGUCCGAACCGCCUCUGGAGGAUAAGGACGACGACAAAGAGGAAGAGGAAGGUCGUCCUGUGACCGUGGACCUCACUGUGAGUGAGGAGGAGGAGGAGGAGGAGGAUGGCCAAGACAGGUUAGCACCGAGGUGCGAGGCAGCAAGCGGCGGACGACUCCUGGCAGGGACCUUUGACAUCGUCCUGUGUGUGGACGUCAGCGAGACGACCGGCGGCAGCAGCUACCAGUGCAAACAGGAGCUGGUCACGGAGCUGCGCAGGCAGUGCGUCGACUUUGACGUCAGGAAACUCCACGUGGGCGACUUCCUGUGGGUGGCCCGGGAGAAAGUCACGCCCGCAUCAGGUCACUCGCGAGUCGGCGCAGAGAAGGAGCUGGUCCUCGAUUAUAUUAUCGAAAGGAAGCGGAUUGACGACCUGUGCGGUAGCAUCAUUGACGGACGCUUCAGGGAGCAGAAGUUUCGCAUGAAGAGGUGCGGCCUGCGCAAGCCCAUCUACCUGGUGGAGGGAUUCGGAAAGGCGGCGUCCCAACUGAGCCUCCCCCAAAUGACGUUGCAGCAGGCCAUCGUCAACACGCAGGUGAUCGACGGCUUCUUCGUCAAGCGAGUGCGGGACCUCAAGGAGUCGGCAGCCUACCUCGCCAGCAUGACCAGACACCUCACCAAACUCUACCAGAAACGCACGCUCGUGUGCCACUCGCGUGAGCUGAACGGUGACUCGGACCGCUGCGACGACGGCGCCCCCUUCUCGUCCUCCUUACUGUCUUUCGCCGAGUUUAAUGACGGCGCCGUCAAGAACAAGACUCAGACGGUGCGUGAAGCCUUUGCCAGACAGUUGAUGCAAGUGAGCGGCCUGUCCGCAGACAAAGCAGCGGCCAUCCUGGAGAGAUACAACACACCACACAGUCUCCUGGCGGCGUACGACGAGUGCGCAAGUGAAGCGGGCAAGGAGAAGCUGCUGUCCACCAUUCGAUGCGGGAGGCUCAACAGGAAUUUGGGUCCCGCUUUGAGCCGAACUCUCUACCAGCUAUACUGCACCAAAGGAGCACUGUCCUAAAUCGUCUUGGAUUUCAAUGAAGGAUUCUUGCUGCUACCAUUUUUAUUCAGUGCUGAUACCGAUCAUGUGACUACAAAUUAGAGCUUUGCAUCCUAACCGUUGGUCGGAGUUGCUCAGAUGAAAGUCACUUGGAAAACAACAAAAACCCUUAAUGUGAAGAAGGGCAAAAUUGAUCGGAAAUAUGUGAUGCGUUGAUGUGUAUCAACAGAAGAAGAAGAAAAAAAUAACUACUUCUUUUUGAACGUUUAAAAGUUUUCAUCACUGAUCGCGCCGUCAGUGUUAAAUUUCUCCAUGUGGAUGAUUUUGUUGAGUGUUUCAAAUGGUGUGUGCCAUGUCAACCUGUUUUGUACAUUUUCUUAAAUCCUAUUUUAAAAUAAAAUGUUUAAUCCCACUCGAAACAAAGCUGCAAGUGGACAUUUGUGGGG